AAUUCAGAUUUAAUGCAAAUAGACAGGAUAUAUAGGGUACAGUUUAAGGUUUUUAAAUAUGUCUGGCACAAGUAGUAUAUUCAACGGCGAAGGAGGGGUGGUUCCGUCACGUUAGGUUUUAAUGAAUAUAGAUGAUGACAGGUAUGACUAUUGCCACGUGUACGCUGAGGAUUGAUGGUAUAUGCUUACUUCCGUCUACCUCUUGCCGUGUAUUUUUUGCAACUUGGUUAGCAACAUUACGUCGUUUCCAAGUUGGACAAGAGCUCCAAGGUUUCAUUGUCUUAGACAAAGUAGCAUAAUGACUAUUUUACCCUAAGACUUUGCCUUGCAAAAGUAACUCCGAAAUUUCUGUGUAUAUCUAAGCGGUUUACACUAAUUGUUUUGUAUUUCUUAUAAGCAAUUUACAUUAUUUAUAACCGAAUUAUUCAAUACUAUAAAGAAUAAUUAAUCUAAUCUACAGCUGUAGGCUGUUAAUCAUAAGUGAAACUAUAGUACGUCUACUUUCUCUUAGCAUCCCAUUUGAAAUACGUUUUAUGUAUUUGUUGGUAAAAUACUAAAAUCUAACAUGUAUAAUGAUUUGGUAGCGAGGGAGAAUUUGGUCUUUUAGUUGAUACAAGAGUUUCUGUUGUGCGAAGUAUAUGCCAUGCAAGCAUCAAACGACAAGAAUAUCCCUAUUUUUGUGCUUUACCAGAUCAGAAUAUUCCCCUCAAAAGCUUAUUCAAUCCAUAUAUGUGAUUAGACAAGGAAAUGAUUGUGUAUCGGCCUACACUUUUGUUCAUUUAAUUAUUGAUGACAAACAAAAUACUUGUAUGAUUAAGAAAAUUCUGUCUGACCUUAUUUGCAUAAAAAGUAAUAAACACUUAAUUAAUUAUAACGUAUACGCAUCAACAUUUACAGUAAAGAGACUUAAAUUAGCAUUCAUUAUCAAGCGAUCAACCUGCAGUAUAAAACGAUGACAUGGGAAGUACAGAACCAUCACUUUCAUUUCAUGUUAGUAAAGUAAAAUUUCACUUUCAUCAUCCAAAUAUUGAUAAUGAAAAGCAUCAAACAAUUUUGUAAGAAUAACUGUAGAUGAUUUAGCAAAAAAAGAAGAAUAACUGUAGAUGAUUAUUCCAAAACAGAAUAAUAAUAGGGUUGGGCACUUCGGUUAUUUUAUCGGUUUGGUUAGUUCGGUUCUAGAAUUUUUCCAGCUGAAGUAAAUCAUAGUUAGUUUGGUUUGGAUCGAUUUCGGUUCGGUUAUGUUCGGUUAUGUUUGGUUCAGUUUAUAUUUGGUUUGGUUUGUAUUCGAUUUGGUUUGUAUUUCGGUUCGGUUCAUAUUCGGUUUGUAAACCAUAAACGUAUGGUUGUCAUGAAAUAAUCACGUUGGUCAUAAUAAAAAAUUAAGUAUGUAAAUUAAAUUCAGUAUAAAACCAAAAUAAAAACCUUUUAAAAAUUACAAAUAUAGUUUAUAACUUUAUAAGAAUUCAAUCAAACCAAAAUUAACUAAAUAAAAAGAAAAAAAAAAACAAAUUUUGUUGUCUCUUAUAGCAUUAAGAAUUAAAAAAAGCCUGCAAUGAAUCAUUUUCCAUGUGAUAUCAUCAAAAAAACCUGCAACAAAUCAAUAAUUAGUAUAUGUUAUAUUAGGAUUUCUUCCGUGCAAAAGGAAAUUAUGUGGGCUUAAUCUUAGGAUUUUAAUAUCUUGAUAUUAUUAAUAUUUUUAGUUUAAAUAACUAUUAAAACACUUCGGUUUAUCAGUUCGGUUUAAACCGAACUGAACUGAACCGUUCGGGUUGGAAAAAUCUUCAACCGAAUCAUUUGAAAUGGACUUCGGUUUGGUUCGAAUAGGUUUCGGUUCGGUCAGUUCGGUUCGAUCGGUUCAGUUCGGUUUUUUUGCUCACCCCUAAAUAAUAAUGUCAUAAUAGCAAACAUUCUUUAGUAGUAGUAUGUACACCAGAAUUAAAGUUCGGAAAACUGAAGCCAACUUUUAAUGGGCUAAUACUUCCCAAUUUGGGCCUUGAAACAACUAAUGAAAAGCUCUACAAACUCAUAAACCGUUUCAAACAAAGUAUAUCUUCAUUCUGAUUGCUCUGAGUAUGUGCUGUAGGGACUUGGGAUUCAAACCUUUGUCUAUAUGGAGAUCCACAAGCUGCGGUUAUAUGAAACUAUGCAUUUUCUGGUUUACCUUAAGACGAGAAACUUCACAAGAUUGCUUGAGUUGCAUAGACUAGGCUGUUUGUUCUUGAAGAAUAAUAGAUGUCAACAAAUAUCGUUUUGAAGACAUUGUAUCAUGCAGUUUAAGAACAGCGGACCAGGUUCAGAAUUAAAGAUAACAGAUAGCUCCAUGAUCUAUGUGAAAGUGUUUUGUAAUCAAAAUUAGAAAGAAAGUAAUAUAUAAGAUCAAUGGCAUUGGUACAUGUUGACAUAAAAUUAAAGAUAGCAGUAGCUCCUUUAAGUUGACUAAUUAAGUCUUCCUAAUCAUCUAUAUAGUCAAGAACCAAACACAAAUUUUCAAUGCAGUGAAAACAUAUAUACCUUUUCCACUUUCAGUUUCUUCCUAAGAAACAUUCAUACACAUUAUUCUAUACAAAUACAUACGACUAUAUAUACAUCUAAAUCAUGUGCACAUAUGAUAUGUUUAAAAUCUCACAUUGAUUCUAGAAUAUAAAACAGAACAAAUGACAUGACCUCAAAUAAAAAACAUCUGUGUAAAAGAGUUUGAAUAGCAAUGAGUAGGCUAUUCAACACGAUUGAGACACUGAUUAUUCUGGUUAGAACAUCAACAAACAAACAAACAAACAAAAACGAGGAAUAAGAUUUAAUUAUUUUCUCAAUUUAGAAACUUUGACGAAACAGAGAAGACAAUAAACUAAUCUUUAUCUUUUUCAACAGUUUCUCACUAGCCGUAUUUCCCGCCAAACCUCAUAAAACAGAGCAACACUUAUAACCAACUCUUAAUUUGUCGUUUCAGUUAUAAAAAAAUGCCAUCACGACAAUUAUGUGAACAGAUGCACACUUCCAAGGACGCUACGUAACCUUCAAAGGAUGAGUCCAUAAAACUCACAAUCCCAUUUUCUCGAAAAAGAACAACGAACAGCUCUAAUAUUUUUAAACAAAACAUCUUCAGAGCUGUUCAAGUUCAACAACAGUUUGAUAAAAUAUAAUCCAACAAUCAAAAGAACAUUUACUGUAAGCAAAAAAAAAAAACAAGGAUAUGUCGUACAGGUACGACGAUGAUUCCAAGAAGAAGAGGAGGUACGCUGUUAUUUUAAUCUCCUCCGUUCUGCUCAUCUCAAUGAUCGUCGCCGUUACCAUCAGCCUCAACAAGAACGAAGCAAACGGCGACUCUAAAAGUAACGGAGAGCUAGCCGCUUCCGUCAAGGCCGUUAAGGACGUAUGCGCACCAACGGAUUACAAAAAGACAUGCGAAGACACUCUUCUCAAGAAUGGUCACAACACAACCGAUCCAAUGGAGUUGGUUAAAACCGCGUUUAGCGUCACGAUGAAGCAGAUCACCGACGCUGCCAAGAAGUCGCAGACCAUGAUGGACCUUCAGAAGGAUCCGAGGACGAGGAUGGCUCUUGAUCAGUGCAAGGAGCUGAUGGACUACGCCUUGGGAGAGCUCAGCAACUCUUUCGAGGAGCUAGGGAAGUUCGAGUUCCAUUUGCUCGACGAGGCUUUGAUCAAUCUUAGGAUUUGGCUCAGCGCGGCGAUAAGCCACGAGGAGACUUGCCUCGAAGGGUUUCAAGGGACACAAGGGAAAGCCGGAGAGACAAUGAAGAAGGCCUUGAAAACCGCUAUCGAGCUGACCCACAAUGGGCUAGCGAUCAUCAGCGAGAUGUCGAGUUUUGUCGGACAAAUGGGGAUUCCCGAGCUGAACAGUAGAAGGCUUCUGUCUCAAGAUAUCCCCUCGUGGGUGGACCAGAGAGGGAGGAGCCUCUUGCAGGCUGCUGAGGGGUAUUCGGAUGCGAAGGCUGAUAUUGUGGUGGCUCAGGACGGGAGCGGUCAGUAUACAACGAUCAACGACGCGAUGAAGUUCGUUCCCAAGAAGAAGAAUACAACCUUUGUGGUUCACAUUAAGGCUGGAGUCUACAAGGAGUAUGUGCAAGUCAACAAGAGCAUGACUCACCUUGUGUUCAUCGGUGAUGGUCCUGACAAAACCAUCAUCUCCGGUAGCAAGAAUUACAAGGACGGUAUCACUACCUAUCGUACUGCCACUGUUGCCAUCAUUGGAGACUACUUCAUUGCCAAGAACAUAGGGUUUGUAAACACUGCCGGUGCCAUCAAACAUCAAGCCGUUGCGGUUAGGGUUCAGUCAGACGAGUCCAUAUUUUUUAACUGUAGAUUCGAUGGUUACCAAGACACGCUCUACGCUCACUCCCACCGUCAAUUCUACCGAGAUUGCACCAUCUCUGGCACCAUUGAUUUCCUCUUUGGAGACGCAGCUGCUGUAUUCCAGAACUGUACUUUAUUGGUGAGGAAGCCACUCCCGAACCAGGCGUGCCCUAUCACAGCUCAUGGUCGUAAAGACGCGAGGGAGUCAACUGGAUUUGUGUUCCAAGGUUGCACUAUUGCUGGCGAACCGGAUUACUUGGCAGUCAAGGAAACUAGCAAAGCCUAUUUAGGAAGGCCGUGGAAGGAGUACUCGAGAACUAUUAUUAUGAACACUUUUAUUCCUGAUUUUAUUCAACCCCAAGGAUGGCAACCGUGGCUUGGAAACUUCGGUCUUGACACAUUGUUCUACUCUGAAGUACAGAACAUUGGACCUGGAGCAGCCCUUGCAGGCAGGGUUACUUGGCCUGGAAUCAAGACACUGAGCGAUGAGGAGAUUCUCAGUUUCACACCUGAUCAGUACAUCCAAGGUGAUGUUUGGGUUCCGGGCAAAGGUGUACCGUACACUCCUGGCCUCUUGGCUGCUGACCCGAACGCUGCAACCACUACCCCUAGCGGCUCGGCUGCUCCAGAUUUCUCUUCUUUCCCGGACACAAGUGGUGCUGGCUCGGUUUCUCCAGCAGCUGCCCCGGAAGGUUCUACCAAGAGAACCAUGGUUUUAACUGACUAAAAGAAUCGGUUAAGUUGCAAUAUAAUUUGUUUUUUCUUACGUUAAUUAAAGACAACCUGGAAACAAACAAAUUUUCACAAUUGUUGGGAUUAAUGUUUAGCCUUGAAGCUCAUGUUUAAUAUCCGCAAUACAUUAAAGAUGUCGUUUACAAAACUUAAUUGUAAUAACCAUUAUGUAAAAUUUAAUCCAUUAGUAUGUAAUAUGCGCUAGCUGCUAUUUUUUUA